CCUCCUAAUACAGUCAAGCUUAAGAGAGAGAGAGAGAGAGAGAAUUGGAGAAACAAACGCUCACUCACUCACUCACUCUUAUUUGUUCUUUUCUCCCUUCCCUUCCUCAUCCAUCAUAGCUAUCAUUAGCAACAAAGGUAUAACUCACACAACUCCUCUCCACCUCUUCAACUUUGAUUUUUUCUUCAAAAUUCAACUAAGGGCAAGAGAGCUACUACUACUAUACUAUAUACCUUUUUACUACUACACGUUCUCUUCGCUUCCCCUUUUUCUUUUCCUCUUUUUCUGUCUUAGAUCUUGCACUCACCUUGGAAUUUUUUUGUGAUUGUGAAUCCAGACAUGGGCUUCCUCUUCUUCUUCUCUUCAUUUUCUGAUCUGGGUCGUGCCAGUUUUCCCUUGCGAUCCUCUUCUGUUUCUCUCUUCGGCGCUUGAGGUGGAGCGUUGAUGAGAUCAAUCAAAGAAUUCAGCAUUCUUGGAUAUUGUUGGUGUCUCUGACUCACUGUGGUGUUUCGCUUUGUUUUCUGAUCCGUGUUGCUUUCUUGAAUGAUCAAUCCAAUGGAAGAAGACCAAGAAGUGAAGCACGUGUGCAAGUUCUGCAGCAAGAGCUUCCCUUGUGGAAGAUCCUUGGGAGGCCACAUGAGGUCACAUGUCACCAAUGCUUCAACUGAGAAUGAAGAGAAGGUUUCAGCACCAACAAUAAGGAAGCUUUCAUCUUUCAACAGCAAUGGUGGAGACACUUGUGAAGCAGGAGUUAACAAUGGAGGGUAUGGUCUGAGAGAGAACCCCAAGAAGACUUGGAGGUUCACGGAUUCAAGUGAAGACACUGCGGUGUUGGACAAGUUUUGCAAAGAGUGUGGCAAAGGAUUUCACUCUUGGAAAGCUCUGUUUGGUCACAUGAAGUGCCACUCCGAUAGGGAAAGAGUGACCCAAAAUAACACCUUUUUGGAUGAUCAAGAUUCGUGGACUAAUAAUAACAACAAUGGUAGUCACAAGAUGGUGUUGGAAUUGGAAAGCCAAUCUGAAAAUGAAGCCAGUGCUCCAAAUCGAAGGAGAAGAUCCAAGAGAAGAAGAACAAGGUACAUGGACCCAUCAACCUCUUCUAUUUCUUUUGUUUCUGAGGCUGAGCAGGAGCAGGAAGAAGUUGCUAUGAGCUUGAUGAUGCUUAGCAGGGAUUUGAGUCCUUGGUGUGGUUUGAAUUCUGUUGCCGAGUCCUCUGGCAAUAACUCAAUGCACUUUGAAUUGGAAGGUCCAUCUUUGGUUCCAAAGGUUGAGGGCAAGAGGGUUAUCUCCAGUGGUUCUGAGAUGGCUAAAAAAGUGACCAAGCCAAGGGACAUGAAGUGGGAGUUUGGCAAUUCUGCUGCUUCAAAUCUCAACUCCAAAGGUAAAAAGAGUUCAGAGCUUUUGGCUACUGAGUGUCCUGAAAAUGGAUUUGGGGUCAACAAGACCAAGGAUAUUGGAAAUGAGUUCAUCAGGAAUGGGAAGGAUAAGAAGCCUGAGCUUGAGCUUGAUUCUCAGUUUGAAUUUGAGGACAAUGGAACAGAAUUCAGUAAUAGUAAAUACACUUCAAUCAAGGCAAAGCUUUUGGAUUCUGAGAUGAAGUCAAGUUCUUUGAAGAGUUGGGCAAACAAGACUUCAGAAGCUGAAUUUAGCAAGAGCUCCCACAAGAGAGGCAAGUUUGAAUGUACUACUUGCAACAAAAUCUUUCAAUCAUACCAAGCACUUGGAGGUCACAGAGCUAGUCAUAAGAAGAUCAAAGGUUGCUUUGCUUCAAAAAAUGCGAGCAGUGAAAACAGCACUGAAUUGGAAGCAGACCUCUCCCCUGACCCAACAACAGAAAGUAAGCUCAUGAAGAACAAUAAUACUAUUGACAACAAUGAAAAUGUGGAAGAACAUGAAAUGGUUACUACUAUUGGUUUUGACAAUGAGGAAGACACAGUGAGAGGGUCCAAGAAGAGCAAAGGGCAUGAGUGUCCAAUUUGCCUCAAAGUUUUUCCAUCUGGCCAAGCCUUGGGUGGCCACAAGAGAUCUCAUUUGGCUGGUGGGUCUGAGAGUACUAGAAACUGUCAAAGUCAAACAAUUGUACUUGAGGAAGCAACCCCAGAAAUUAGGGACUUUUUUGAUCUUAAUCUUCCUGCUUCUACAGAGGAAGACAGCAAUAGCCAUAACCAUGCUGAGCCUUACAGAACUUGGUGGGUAGUAGGAGGGAACAACAAGCAGGAGGCACUGGUGGGCCUCAUGUCUAACUAAACUAAACCUCUUAGUUCAUUCCAGCAGAGGUUCAUUUCAACUUCAGAGUGAAGAUUUCAAACUGUAUAGAAACGCUUAUGCAUUUAUUUCAUUAAUUCUUUACAAAAUUCAUGUCUUCUUUGAGCUAUUUCUGUUAUUCUUCAAGUAGUUCGUAAGAAACUUUUGAUCUGUUUCUCUUCCUUUUUGGUUUGGUUUCUAAUUUUCUUUUUCCUUUUGGGGUGAUAUUUGUUGGUUACUUUGUUCAUACUUCAAAGAAUAAGUUCUU